AUGAAUACAAACAUUAAAAUUAUAUUGUGGAAUUGUAGAGGAGCUGCGGGGAAGGACUUUUUCAGAUAUAGCAAAUAUUAUACUGAUGUGUACAAACCUGAAAUUUUUGUAUGCAUGGAAACUAGGUGCGAUCCAAAGAAUCUUCAUAAUCCUUUGAAGAAGUUGGCCUUCUGCCAUUUCUUUUCAGUGGACAAUGUGGGGUAUGCGGGUGGUAUUAUAGUGGCAUGUAAAGAUGAGAAGUUUAAAGUGACCUUGUGUUCAAAUGAUGAGCAGUGGAUACACUUAAGAAUUGUUAACGAAGAUGGGGUUAAUUGGAAGCUCACUGCGGUGUAUGCUAGCCCGUAUGAGCAGAAGAGAAAACUGAUGUGGGAUGCCUUGAAGAUAAUAGCUAGCACUGACAUAUCUCCGUGGAUUGUUGCUGGCGAUUUCAAUGAUAUAGCAUCUGCUAAUGAGAAGAGAGGAGGUAGUCAGGUGUUGAGUAGAAAAUGCAAUAUUUUCCGUAGUAACAUGGAGGAAUGCAACCUUCAUGAUUUGGGAUCUAGUGGACCUAAAUUUACUUGGAGGGGGGAAUAUAUCGUGGAGGCCAAAGGAUUUUUGAACGGCUGGAUAGGGCACUUGGAAAUUAAGCCUGGAGAUUGUUGUUCCCUAAUGGUCAUGUCAAGGUGCUGA